UGACAAUGAAAUGACUUUCACAAAUAACAUCAAAACACCUUAUCUCUCCAGCCUGCUCUCUAACAUCGAAAAAAGAUUUGAAGAUCAAGGAGUAAUGACGUCCUUUACCGUCUUCAAUCCGGAUGCGUUGCCAUUGCCUGAUUCUGGAGAAGAGUUUGCCGAGUACGGCAACGGUGAAAUAGAAAAGCUCUUCACUCAUUUUCAUCCUUCUGACGUAGACGAAUUUGUUGAGGAAAGCCUUGAGGAAUGGUCAAGCUACAAGGAGCGUCUAGCGAUAAAUAGGAGAGAAUCGGCGUCAUACACUUGCAAAGAAGUUCUGGACGAUCUAUGCGGUGACUUAUCAACCAAAAGAAUGUUUCCCAAGCUUUCAUCAAUAGCAUGCAUUUGCAGAGUUAUUCCGAUGCACACAGCCAGUGUUGAGCGCACUUUCUCUCAACUAAACUUGAUAAAAACGGAUAUACGAAAUCGAAUGAGCGAAAGAACCCUGGACGCACUGCUAAGAAUUGCCGUAAACGGUCCUUCUUUGGAAAAUUUUCCCGUGAAAGAUGCUGCGAAACUGUGGGCUCUAAAGAAGAAUCGCAGACUUUCGGUAAAAUAAAGCAUGUCGAUAAGCGUUUGGAUUGUUGAAAUAAAUGUGAAAAAUGGAGUCAAAAUUUAUCCGUAAAA